AUGCCUGGAACUGAUGAUGACUUGAUUGAUGUCUUGCUCAUUGUCACCACUUUUAUUGUAUCACAGUGUGGCCAACAAGCGGCGUUCUCCACUUCCAACUCUCUUCCCUCUCUCCUCGUAUCCACGUCCACUCACCACAACUCGCCUUUCCCCGUGUCCCGUCCCCCCCAAUCCGUUCAGACUGUCUCUGCAGGUGGCGGAAUGAGGCUCGAGGCCGUGAUGGAGAACUUACAGCGCCAGCAGGCCGCUCGUUUGGCUCUGGAAGAAAAGUUGAGGCAGGAAAAGGACAGAGAGCUUCGCUGUUUGGUAGAAUCACGGAUUCAGCAGCAGGCGCUUGCCAUCCGCCAUUACCAGGCUGCCGUGAGGGCAGCGGCAGCGGUGACUUCAGCAUCAAACUCAAACACAACCAGUGCCACCACAACAACCUCAGCGCUGCCCUCCAGCCGGCCUGCCCUGAUAUUUGCAGGCACGCCACUGCGCAAAGCAGAGGCCGAGGAACCCAAGCACAAGAGCGAGGGGGAGGACACUGACUUCGAAGAUGAAGACAUGGACGAUGACGAUGGAGUGGAGGAAGAUGAAGAUGAUUUGGAGAUGUCCUCGAACAUGCAACAUCCUGAUUCGCCUAGCAAGGGCGUGCCGAGGAUUGGACAGCCCCAGUUACCCAACACCAGCUCCCAGUCACAUACGCUAUCUCCUAAUGGACAGUCGGGACACCACGAGUGGACCUAUGAGGAGCAGUUUAAGCAGAUAUUGGUCAUGGUUGGUGGCCCAGAAGACAGCGUACACACACAUGGAAACACCCAGCGGAUAGGAAUCCCCAUCUGUCUGCCCGGUCACCACGCAGCAACGGCACAAGCAGUACAAGUAAUGCAGGCAGCAGCUCUGGAACAACUGCGGGAAAAGCUGGAAUCUGGGGAACCUCCGGAAAAGAAGAUGGCGUUGAUGGCAGAGGAACAGCAGCGGUUAAUGCAGCACGCUCUGCAGCACAAUUUCCUGGCCAUGGCUGCGCAACUGCCCAUGAACAUCAAAAUCAACAGCCGAGAUGACAGACAAGAGACGGCGAUGAACCUGUCUGCGGCCAGCAUCAGCAGCAUCAACAUGUCCAUAGAAAUGAAUGGAGUUGUCUACGCAGGUGUGCUGUUUGCUCGGAGGGCAGGAGCACCAUCAGGGUCGAGCACAAGCCUGAACAACACUAACGAGCGCUCCAGCCCCGCUACGGCACAGAUUCCUCCGCCCUCCUCAUCGCACGGACACACUCCUCCCAGCUCCUCGCCCUGAGUCUCCGCAGCCUCCACCCUCUUCCAGUGUCCUUCACCCACAUCUCACAUUGUCACGCAGGGAAGGUGGUCUCUCUCGGAGGUUGGGGAGGACUGUGACGUGAACUGACGGAGCAGAAGAACACCGGUCCGGAGCAGCACUAUGAUAGGACUGUGUGAGCCGGACCUCGCAGAGCUUUCUCCUGGGCUCAGCACCACCUUCUGCUGGCAACCACUUACAGACCAUGACCUGCUCCGGCCACCCUACCUCUCACCAACCCACCUGGAGCAUACGGUAUCAUGCCUAAAGGUGAUCCAGGUGCACUUACCUCUGUACAGUAACCCAGCAUUGGAUACAUAUGGAAGUUCCACGGUUAUACCAAUCAUCUCCAGCCACCGAGCCCCCUGUUCUCCAUGACCCACGGGUAUUGGUGUAACCGCUGUGGAACCGGUCACGGCCAGAAACGAAGCAGUGGGGGGAAACUCAUGAAAUGCAGCUUUUACCAAAGAUCUGAAACAAAGAGUUAAUUUAUUCAAUCCUAAGACGUAGAAUAGAAAAGUGUUUUUUCUUCUUGUUUUUUAUUUCUCUGUUUGCAGAAUAAUGUCGCCUUUUCCGCAGUG